GCCGCUCUGAAAACAAAAGAAACAACAACUGCUGCUUUAUUUGGUUAUUUACACCCUCAAAAAAACAAAAACAUAAAACGCGUGUCAUAACUAGUUUCAGCGGCCGAGGCACGUGCACACGCACGCGCUCUUUCUUUGAUGUCAAGUUUACUUCCAAGUGUGAAAGUUUAGUGAGAGCGCGCGUGGAUGCGCGUGAGGAUGGUGGAGAGCCGCAGCUGCGUUCAGAGGGAGGAGGUGUACCGCUGGUUCUCCGCGCUCACCUCCGCGCACAGAGCGGAGUUCCUGUGCGGCCUCCUGGACCUCUGCGUCCCGAUCGAGCUGCGCUUCAUCGGCGCGUGCCUGGAGGACCUGGCCCGCAAGGACUACCACUGCCUGCGGGAUGCAGAGAUCAAAGCCAACAACCCCGCGGACCUGGCGGCUCUCACCAACAUGACGGACGAGGUGGUCCGCAGCAAGCUGUUGGUCUCCCUGGCGCUGCUGGGCUCGGACAACCGGGAGGCCGCCGGGGUCCUGUUCCGGACCCUGACCCACAUUGAUUCGGUGAUCAACAACUACGGGCUGCCGCUGAGCGACGGGGGGUCGGAGGAGCAGUUCCUGCUGCUCUUCACCAUGGCCUCCAACCACCCUGCCUUCAGCUUCCACCAGAAGCAGGUGCUGAGGCAGCAGCUGGGCCAGAUCCAGGGCCAGAUCCAGGACCUCCUGCAGGCAAGUAAAAGUGGAGGAGAGGCUUUAGCAGCAGGACCUGCUGGUGCUCGAGCUGCCGUCUGUCAUCCACAGCUGCAUCCCAUCCACACCCGCCAGGCCACGUCCCCGCCGCAGGCCGCAGAUUCCCCCGGAGUCACCUGCCAACCGUGCCAUGCUCACUGCUCCUGCUGGAACAAGAACCAAACCAGAGAGGCCAGGAACACUUCAGGGGCUAUCCUGGAGCAGGGAGACCAAGCUGUCAACCAUGACAUUUCUUCUCACCCAGACUUCCACCCUCCAACACUCUCACCAGCUGCAGGACAUCCACACCCACCUUUAUCUGGCGGGCAGAAUCCUGCAGCAACCAAGAGCCAUCAGGGGAAAGCUGGAAAGGCUGUGAUUGAGAGGGUGGCACUGCGAAGAGUGAGCGGUAAAGCAGAGGACGCCGCGGACUGCGUGUUCGAGGUGAGCUGGUCGGAUGGAUUUGUAUCGUCUGUUUCCAGAACCCAGCAGGAGGUGACAGAGCUCAUAUCCCAGCUGUCACAGGUGUUUCCUGAUGAAGAACUGGAGGCGGACCCCAGGUGUCUUGCAGCUCUGUCCGGCCCUGUUCUUCAGAACCGAUGCGUCCAGCUGUUUUUUGCGACCGGCAGGCGUCUGUCACCUCGCCAGCCCUCUUCGCCCUCUUCCUCCUCCACAGCCUCGACCAGUACGCUUACCUGCAGCUCAGAUCUCAGCUGUCUGCUGCAGUACAGAGGAGCAAACAGGGCAGUGUACAGAGUGGCAAGCGUCCAGCCCGUCAUCAGCACAAACAACUCUGUCUCCAUCCGCUCCACCCCUCAUAUUUCCUCCUUCCCACCUCCGCUUCCUCCCUCCAUUCAUGCCCCUAUGCAUCCUCUCCCGACCUCCUCCCUCCCUCCUCACAUCCAAGCCCCGCCCACCAGGAGUUUGGCUCCCAGUGAUGCUUCGUCCCAGCUGAACCACACAUACGCUCAGCUGCAGCACCAACUUUAUCCACACGGCGGCCCUCAGCCCGCCCUGCACCCACCUCAUUCCCAGCCGCGCUCCCAGCCCCACACGCAGCCGGCGGCGUCGACCCAGUCCAGCAAGCCGGAGCAGAACGGCAUCCUGGACUGGCUCCGCAGACUCCGCCUGCAUAAAUAUUACCCCGUCUUCAAACAGCUGACCAUGGAGGAGUUUUUAGCUCUGACAGAGGAGGACCUCAACAAGUACGACCUCACUCAGGGAGCGAAGAAGAAACUCAAGACGCAGCUGGAGCUGCAGAAGUUAGCAGACAGAGAGAUGAAGAUGGAGAAGCGGCCAUGCAGCGGCAUUGCCAGGGUGACCCCUACAAACCAUGUGGGACCUUCGGCUCACGGCGUCCCCCCUGCAGGAGAGUUGCGGGUGGAGGUGGACGGCGUGCCGAACCACCAGCCGGUGUCCACGGACAGCAACUCCUCGUCAGGAUACUCCAGCUCCUCCUGCUCGCCUCGGACGCCUCUCUGCUGUGACUCCGCCUUCGAACGUGUCAGAGACAUGCACAGGCGAGCGUCAGUGCCAGAAUCGGGCACCCCAGAGAAGGGCGGGUCCUGCGUGUUUAUUGUGACCUCCAGCUCCCCCACCCCGUCCACUCGCCCCACUGCCCAGGUCCUCCCUGUCCAGACAGAUCCCACUCCUCCUCUUCCCCCAUCCUGCUCCUCCCACCUCCCGUUUAGCGUUCGUCAGGUUCCGUUCCACCCGCAGUCCAGCUACCCUCAGUCGCUGCUUUCUCCAGUUUCCAUGCGCAUACUUUCGUCCCCACGAAAGCCCCGCCCCCUGUGCACAGAUGUGGGCAGUGCCAGCUUCCUGUCAAGGGGAGGGGGGGAGGGGAGGCUAGAGAACCUGUUCUCUGGGCUAAGCAUGGACGGCUCUUCGGCUCUUAUGGACUCCUGCCACGAACCCUCCACUGGCGCCGUGGAUCUGAUGGUGGAGACUAGCUCCGCCCCAACCUCCACCUCCAACAGCCUGCACCACAUCUCUCAGCCCCCCCUGCUCCUCCCUUCCUGCCCUUCCACCUCCUCUUCAUUCUCCUCCUCUUUCACCUCCUCAAAAUCUUCCUCUCAGUCCGAAAACCCCGGCCCUCCCAGUGCCUUUGUUUCCACGGUAACAGGAAGCUCAGUUCCAAUUGCUGCAGUUCCCGGAAAUGUUUACUUCCCACCUCAGCCCACCUCUUGCCCCUCCCCGUGCGCAUCCUCCACUUCUCUGGAUCAGAGAUCAAGUCACAGCCUCUCCCUGUGCGUUUGCAGCUCCUGCGGUUGUCACGGAAACUGCGGCACCUACAGCGCGCCGCCAGGAUACGCAGCCGCCAGCUAUCUGCAGCCUCUCUCUUCCGGCUCUUCCCUCUUCACCCUGGCUCCUCUGCUCCACCUCACGCCCCUCGUGUCCUCAUCCAGUGCUGCCAGUUACGCAGCCCCGCCUGUUUCCUACCCCGUGAUGGGGCCUCCAACCACCUACCAACGUAGCCUGGCAUUACAUGACCCACAGCAGGGAUUUGGCUUCUACUCGCCCCACAGCAUCAUGGGUAAUGGAGGCCAUAAACGCACAGUGGGAAACCUGUCAUGCUUCAACUGCGGCUCCAGCGGACACCGAGCGGACGACUGCAAGCAGCCAGUGGCGGAGUCCCUGCAGCGCGCUUCGUUCCGCCUGAAGUUCUCCCCUCACUCCGCCAACAAAGACUCUGCAGAUUAGCCUGCAGGUGGAACCGUCGCCCUCGACAACGGAAUGGCCGAAGCAAUCAAGAGGCACGCUUUUUAGAUCCUCUCACACAGAUGAUCGUAAAUGCCAUUAGUCAGUCACAUGACCUGUUCUGCUGCUCCAACCUCACACACCAUGAAGCCAAACUAUGUUCCCUGAGCUUCACAAACCCAAAGCACCUUCCUGGUGGACUCCUCGUCCGUCUGUGAUGGACUGGAGUAUUUGAUCAACCAGCGCGUUCUGCAUGUUUGUCCUUUUCUGUGGAUUUCUCUGAAGACUCAAAAUGUUUAGGCAACAAGCCGCUCACUUUCAGAAUGAACGUUUCAAUGCAAGUUAAAAAAACUUAACAGAUUCCAGGAUGUAACCUUCGCUUCAACAGGACUCCUGUAACUAGAACACAAAACAAGAACUGAAGACCUUCUGGAAAAAAGGAAAAGCUGUCCCGGUGGUUCUAGUUCUUCAUUUGUCUCUCUACCUCUGAGUUUCCUGGAAAAGAUGCUUUGUCAGCAGAAGCUUCGAAUCCAGCACCUGCAGUUCAUGUCUGUAACUCUGUGAGGAGCGAAGUCCUCAGAGUUCAGGAUCCGUUCUAUUGUCUGAUGCAGUUCUUGGUGUUUUUGCGUGUUUUCCUGUCUGAACUUCUGGGCAGGACCCAGACCGGCGUUCCCCUGGAGGGCACAGCUGACACUAAUUUAAACUCAGUACAGCAGCGCUCCAGGGUCUGAUGUCUCUUUUUUUGUCAUCGUUAUUUUAAACAAAAGCUUUCUGCUCUCCUAAAAGGUUUGUGAUUUGACAGCAGCGUCACUUCAUCUAAAGCUGUGUGGAGUUUGUCUGUACAGACGUUUGAAAGGUUUGUUUAAAUUUCAAGUUUUAUAUUUCAUAAGGUGUGAAAAAAAAUCAAGAUUGUUGUGUCUAAAGUUUGACCCAAAACUAUGCAAAUAAAUGAUUUUGGAUUGUGCUUUUCAAUACA